GCCGGCCCCGAGUGUGCGUAAGCCGAAGGUUCCUUCCGCUUCGCGUCUCCUUUGACUGGAGACAGACGGAGCGCCGGCGCCCCGGUUCGGUGGCCUCUAGUGAGAUCGGGAGGAUCCAAGGAUUCUGUAGCUACAAUGUUGUCAAGACUUUUCCGAAUGCAUGGCCUUUUUGUGGCCUCCCAUCCCUGGGAAGUCAUAGUGGGAACGGUGACACUGACCAUCUGUAUGAUGUCCAUGAACAUGUUUACUGGUAACGAUAAGAUCUGUGGUUGGAAUUAUGAGUGUCCCAAGUUUGAAGAGGAUGUUUUAAGCAGUGACAUCAUAAUUCUGACAAUAACACGAUGCAUAGCGAUCCUGUAUAUUUACUUCCAGUUCCAGAAUUUACGUCAACUUGGAUCAAAAUAUAUUUUGGGUAUUGCUGGCCUCUUCACGAUUUUCUCAAGUUUCGUAUUCAGUACGGUUGUCAUUCAUUUCUUGGAUAAAGAAUUGACAGGCUUGAAUGAAGCUUUGCCCUUUUUCCUACUUUUGAUUGACCUUUCCAGAGCAAGUGCACUAGCAAAGUUUGCCCUCAGUUCCAACUCACAGGAUGAAGUGCGGGAAAAUAUCGCUCGUGGAAUGGCAAUUUUAGGUCCCACGUUCACCCUUGAUGCCCUUGUAGAAUGUCUUGUGAUUGGAGUUGGAACCAUGUCAGGGGUGCGUCAACUUGAGAUUAUGUGCUGCUUUGGCUGCAUGUCAGUUCUUGCCAACUACUUUGUGUUCAUGACUUUCUUCCCAGCUUGCGUUUCCUUGGUUUUAGAGCUUUCUCGGGAAAGCCGUGAGGGUCGUCCGAUUUGGCAGCUGAGCCAUUUUGCUCGAGUUUUAGAAGAAGAAGAAAAUAAGCCAAAUCCUGUUACUCAGAGAGUUAAGAUGAUUAUGUCUCUAGGCUUGGUUCUUGUUCAUGCGCACAGUCGCUGGAUAGCUGAUCCUUCACCUCAAAACAGUACGGCAGAAAAUUCUAAGGUUUCUUUAGGAUUGGAUGAAAGUGUGUCCAAGAGAAUUGAACCAAGUGUUUCCCUCUGGCAGUUUUAUCUCUCUAAAAUGAUCAGCAUGGAUAUUGAACAAGUUAUUACCCUUAGUUUAGCUCUCCUUCUGGCUGUCAAGUACAUCUUCUUUGAACAAGCUGAGACAGAAUCUACACUCUCAUUAAAAAACCCUAUCACAUCUCCUGUAGUGACCCCCAAAAAAGUCCCAGAUGAUUGUUGUAGACGUGAACCUAUACUGGUCAGAAAUAGCCAGAAAUUCCAUGCAGUGGAGGAAGAGACCAGGAUAAACAGAGAAAGAAAAGUUGAGGUCAUAAAACCCUUAGUGGCAGAAACUGACACCUCCAGCAGAGCUACAUUUGUUGUUGGUAACUCUUCCUUACUUGAUACUUCACUGGAACUUGAGGCACAGGAACCUGACAUUGAACUUCCCAUCGAACCUCGGCCUAAUGAAGAAUGUCUACAGAUACUUGGGAAUGCAGAGAAAGGUGCAAAAUUCCUUAGUGAUGCUGAGAUCAUCCAAUUAGUUAAUGCUAAGCAUAUCCCAGCUUACAAGUUGGAAACUCUGAUGGAAACCCAUGAACGAGGUGUAUCUAUUCGCCGACAGUUACUGUCCAGAAAACUUCCAGAGCCUUCUUCUCUCCAGUAUCUACCUUACAGGAACUAUAAUUACUCCUUGGUGAUGGGAACUUGUUGUGAGAAUGUUAUUGGAUAUAUGCCCAUCCCUGUUGGGGUGGCAGGACCUCUGUGCUUGGAUGGAAAAGAAUACCAGGUGCCGAUGGCGACAACAGAAGGUUGUCUUGUGGCCAGCACUAACAGAGGCUGCAGAGCAAUAGGUCUUGGUGGAGGUGCCAGCAGCCGAAUCCUUGCAGAUGGGAUGACCCGUGGCCCAGUGGUACGUCUCCCCCGUGCUUGUGACUCCGCAGAGGUGAAGGCCUGGCUGGAGACACCUGAAGGGUUCACAGUGAUAAAGGAGGCUUUUGACAGUACUAGCAGAUUUGCACGUUUACAGAAACUUCAUAUGAGUAUGGCUGGUCGCAACCUUUAUAUCCGUUUCCAGUCCAGGUCAGGUGAUGCCAUGGGGAUGAACAUGAUUUCAAAGGGCACAGAGAAGGCACUUUCGAAACUUCAUGAGUAUUUCCCUGAAAUGCAGAUUCUAGCAGUCAGCGGUAACUAUUGUACUGACAAGAAACCUGCUGCUAUAAAUUGGAUAGAGGGAAGAGGGAAGUCUGUGGUUUGUGAAGCUGUCAUUCCAGCCAAGGUUGUCAGAGAAGUAUUAAAGACGACUACGGAAGCUAUGAUUGAGGUCAACAUUAAUAAAAAUCUGGUGGGCUCUGCCAUGGCCGGGAGCAUUGGAGGUUACAACGCCCAUGCGGCGAACAUCGUAACCGCCAUCUACAUUGCCUGUGGACAGGAUGCAGCACAGAAUGUUGGUAGUUCAAACUGUAUUACUUUGAUGGAAGCAAGCGGCCCCACGAAUGAAGAUCUAUAUAUCAGCUGCACCAUGCCGUCUAUAGAAAUAGGAACUGUGGGCGGUGGGACCAACCUGCUCCCUCAGCAAGCUUGUUUGCAGAUGCUAGGUGUUCAAGGAGCAUGCAAAGACAACCCUGGGGAAAAUGCCCGGCAACUUGCCAGGAUCGUGUGCGGUACAGUAAUGGCCGGGGAAUUGUCACUGAUGGCAGCGUUGGCAGCCGGACAUCUUGUCAAAAGUCACAUGAUUCACAACAGGUCAAAAAUAAAUUUACAAGACCUCCAAGGAACUGGCACUAAGAACGCUGCUUGAAUAGUCUGACAGAUCUGAACUGAAACACGGGCAUUGGGUUCUAAAGGACUAACAUAAAAUCUGUGAAUUAAAAAGCUCAGUGCGGUGUUAUGUUGAGGAUGAAUAGACAUGAUCUGUGAGGUGACUGCUUGGUGUUUGGCUCUUUCAGGGAUCCUUCUUUCCAUGCACAUUUCUCGGAUCUGAAAAUAGUAUAUUGCUUUAUGUGCUGUGCUCUCUGGAAGGAAAGAUCUCAACAUGGAUAUCAUGCUCUGAACAUCAUAGAUUGUAACCUACAGCUCACUUCUGAAAGAGAAUACAAGAUGGAAACAAGUGUUUUCUUUUGAUGAGAUCCAUGGAGUUCGUGGUGAUCAGUGUGAGAUUGACCCUUCUCUCCAUCCUCCCCUCUCUCCUGGUUGAAAAUGGAGUUUUAAAUUAUACUGUAGCUGACAAACUGAUUUCAUAAUUAAUUUAUUGAGUCUGGGUUAUAGAACUUAAAUAAGAGCUAAGUUUAUUUUUUGUAAACUAAUAAUUCAUUUGGUGCUGGUCUAUUUUGAUUUCUUUUUGGGUAGCCAUUGUGAUUCUUCAGAAGGGGACCUACUUUCUUCAAGGGAAGAAUUACUCUUAUUCCCAAACUACUGAAUAAUGUGCUAAGCAGUGCUAAUAGUUCUCUGUCAAGAAAACAAAUCACUGCAUUCAUCUCUGUAGGCUGUUUGUUCAGAGAGGCCUCUUGUCUAAAUAUAAAUGUCUGUCUAGAUUGCUAGAACAUUUCUUGUAGCGUAAGGCUUUAAAGAAACAAGAGUUUUGCACUCUUUAAAUAUACGAGAGCCCUUAAUAUUGCUUAGACAAAGGGGACUCUCUUUAUCAAGAACGUACAAGUCUGACCUCUCAGAGCUCAGAGGUUGGAAAACACAGGCUUGAAAAAAAUGCCGUUUCUCUAAGCCAACUUUAAUUUCUUAAAAGACUUCAAUUUAUUUAGCUGAAAAAUCUAGGUGGUUUUUUUGUAAAGAACUGUAUCAAAUCUGUAUAUGUUGUAAUAAAACUUCUUAUGCUAGGAGUUUAUUGAAAGUGUUCAAGAAAUAAAUAAAAAUCAACUUGUAUACUGAUAAGACACUCUAAGCUUGGGCCAGAAAACAGAGUUGUUUAAUGUUGUCCAGGAAACCCUGGCUUGCCUUUCAAGCCCAGUGAAAGGGAAAGUCAGCUUUCAGAGCCAGUGAAGGUGCCACAUGAAUGGCCCUGGAGGAGCGUACUUUGUUCCUGUGGCCAGGAGGUUGGUGACCAAAACAUUCACACAAGGCUCUUUGGAUAGACCCAUAAAGGCUCUUUGCUUCCUCAGGGGGUCAGCAGAGUUGUUGAAUCUUAACGUUUUUUUAAUGUACAAGUUUUGUAUAAAUAAUAAAGAACUCCUUAUUUUAUAUUACAUCUAAUGUUUCAAGUGUUGGUCUUGGAGAGAGAAGAUGGACUCUGAAGAACAUUCCAGUAAUGCCGUGGCAGCAUGGAGAGCCUCUGAGUGAUUGUGUCUGCAUUACUGUUGUGGAAGAUUGACCUUUGCUGUUGUAUGUAAAGUUUAAAUUGCUUCCGUUGUGACUUGCAGCCAGUGACUUCUUAUUUAUCCGAACUUUUCAUGGAAGUGGCAGUGAAAAGUGUGAGUCUUCAUUCUGGUGACUGUAACCAAUAUUGUCUUGCUAAAUGAAUGUUUUGUAUAAUUACUAAAUUGUAUACAUUUUGUUAUACUUUUUUCCCAGUUCCAGUAAAUUAUGAAAAGGAGGUUAAUAUUGA